UCGCUCACGGCAACGUCCUAUCUGCCACUCAGAUUUUACGCCGGGCCUCGCCAGAGACAUGACGCGGCGCCGAUCUGCCAGGCCCGUUAAAACCCAGCUGCCAGCCGUUAUGCAUCCGACACUUCUUGUCGGUCACCCUUCCCCGCACCUCUCAGGACCCUCUAGAAGCCAGGCCCAUGAUGUCUCCAGAGAAAAACGUAGAUCACGAGAGUCUGUCGGCCUCUAGCGGCGAGCAUGUCGGCCACGCGACUGUCAAGCGCGAGUCGGGGUUCUUGGGUGCGCUGCGCAACUUUGAGGCCAAGAUGGACGCGAAAUUUGGCAUCGAAAGCGAUGCCAUCACCAGGAAGCUGCCAGAGGACAAGGGUCAUGUACCCUGGACUCACCAGCUGAGCAUGUUCUUCCUGUGGGCCAGUGGCACGAUGAACACCUCCUGCUUUGCUACAGGAUUCUUGGGAUGGGAGUUUGGCUUGACGCUGCGCCAGUCUAUCGUCAUCAUCAUCUUUGCAUCCAUCCUCGGUGGUGCGCCAACUGGCUUUGCGGCAACAUUCGGUGCGCCUACGGGUCUGCGACAGAUCUCCGUCAGCAGAUAUGCUUUCGGAUGGUGGCCCAACAAGGUCAUCGCAGCCCUCAACACUAUCGUCCAGAUUGGUUGGGCGGCCGUUGCUUGCAUCACAGGUGGUCUUGCACUGACAGCUGUCGCUGAUGGCAAAAUCUCGCUCAUCGUUGGUAUCGUCAUCCUGGCAGUAAUCGCCACACUGAUCUCGUUCGUGGGCCUUAAGGCCAUCUUGGUCUAUGAGCGCUACGCCUGGUUCAUCUUCUUUAUCAUCUUCAUCAUCUUCUUCGCAGAGACAGGGAAGUACGCAGACAACUCUCCCACUCCAACAGUCCACGGCACGGACCUCAGCGGUUCGGUUCUCAGUCUCAUCGCCAUUGUGUACGGUAGUUCAGCGUCCUGGCAAACCAUGGCAUCGGACUACUACGUGCACUAUCCCGUCAACGUCAACCGCUGGAAGGUCUUCCUGAUGACCACAUUCGGUAUCGCGAUCCCAACAUCCAUCGGCAUGAUGGCAGGCGCAGUCGUCUCCUCGGGCCUCAACAACCGCCCCGACUGGAAAGACACGUACGAGAGCGACGGUCUCGGCUUCCUCAUCCAGACCAUGCUGUACCCCCGCGGUUUCGCCAAGCUGAUCCUCACUCUCCUGGUCCUCUCCGGCAUUAACGUGAACGUCAUCUCCAUCUACAGCGCCGCCAUCUCGUGCCAGCAGUUCUCGCGCCCCUUCGCGCGGGUGCCCCGCUUUAUCUGGGUGCUCUUCUGCUUUGCUGCGAUCCUGGGUCUUGCUAUCGGUGGCCGCGAACAGCUGUCUGUUUAUCUGCAGAACUUCCUCAGUCUUUUGGGGUACUGGAGCACGCAGUACUUCAUCAUUUUGUUCAGCGAGCACGUCAUCUUCCGCAAGAUGAACUUCGAUAAUUACGACCUGGAUGCGUGGAAUGACCCGAGCCGACUGCCACUGGGUAUUGCUGCGGGCGUUGCGUUUGCGAUUGGUAUUGCUGCGUGGAUCAUGGGCAUGGUCGAGACCUGGUAUGUUGGUCCACUUGGCAAGCUCAUCGGUGCGUUCGGUGGUGAUAUCGCCAAUGAGUUCACGUUUGUGAUUACAGGAUUGAUCUAUAUCCCUGCGAGGUUUCUGGAGAAGAAGAUAGUCGGCAGGUAGGCGAGCAGCCAGUAGAUCGACGUACGGCGGAAGCCUGAGCUUGUAAUAUGAAUGCACAUCCCGUAUAACGAAUCAAGGACCAUUGCUUGAC